CUCACAACGCAGUUCCCGGGCACGCUACGAUGCGUAUGUUCCUUACUUGAAGCAAGUAUAGAGCAAACUCUGGACUUAAAAUCCAGCAGUGUGGCAUCACAAGCUUCGGAUCUAGGAGGUGUCCACUUAUCAUUGGCAAUUCCCGAGCAAACUGACCAUCAGCAACAGCAAUUGGAGCGGAAAGUUCCGUGGUACGGUCGAGUGAUAGAUAUACUGUUCGAUAAAGAACCAGACUUUAGACAUGGACACACCUUUGUGUCGAAAGGAACCAAAGAGCUGAUCUCUCAAGGGUUGCUGAUUCUGGAGAGGCUCACGCAGGACCAAGACAAUUGUACGGCGAUAUGCAACCACCCAAGGCUGCUCUCUAAGAUCACGUCAUCGAUAACAACCCACCAGGAUUUCGGCAACAAUGCAUAUGACCGGACAUGGGUUGAAAUGCUAAGCCGGUCUCUCACAGUGAUGAGAAGACUAAUUACCAGUCCUGGAGAUGAAGCCGCGAAGCUGUGCCACGGGAUCUCGUGUAACCCAGUCGCUGUCAGAAAUUUGAUUGAUAUUCUCGAGAGUGACAACAAAGGUGCCAAAGAACUGCGUGAACAAUCCUUGGAGAUUCUCACGGAGCUAGCAUUGGAAGACUCGUUUAGACAACAACCAUUUGAUGAGUUUGGUACAGCUACAAGCAUCAUGGAGGAGUUCACUUCAUACAGAUUCUGCUACACAUCUUGUUUGAGGAUGAGGACGGCAGUGGUGCAGUAGACAGACUGAAACGCAAGAGGCUCACGAGAAAAGCAGGGGAAGCACUGGCUAGAUUGCUUGGCAUUCUUGGUGCCAUUAGCACCACAGAUGUCUUAAUCAAUUCAGCAGAAAAUGGGCAUGGCAAUGCUAAUGAUCUACCUCGCAGGGAAGACACGUGCGCGUCCAACAUGUUGAUAAAGGUACUCCAUAAACUGUUAUCUACAAAACCUGAAACACCAGCAGCUGCAAUGACACCGUGUGUUGCAACUAAUGGUUCUUCUGCAGAAACUGUGGCCCAAUGCCAGCCACCAACACAAGAUGCUGACAGCAUACGGCUAUCCACCCAGGAGACGGAAGAACAAUCCGGGGAAAGAAAGCUGACUGCAGCCAUGCUAUCCGUUAUAGUGGUGAUAUGCACCAAAUAUGAUGUCAGUAAAGAUGAUUUUGCUCGUGACGCCCCUGAUGAUGCAGCCUUGGCGAUGAAGCUUAAGGAGAUUAUAGAAAUAAACCAAGACAUCGAGCCUGACUGCUUAAGAAUUGUGAAACUUUCCUGCCAUGUGGUAAUAAGAAUUGCUAAGCUCAAGCCCAGUUGUGUCAUGGAAUUCAACCGGCAUAGUUUCGAGAAAGUAUUGUCCGAGGCUGCCAAGACAUUGUCUGAUCUUGAUAACUGCAUGCUUUUUGCUGGCGAUGACCGUGAGGUAACUAAGCCGGUCAAAUCUCUCCCUGCUCUCGUGAAACAAGCACAGAGAGCUAUUCUCCAAAGCACAUGAAAUGGGGAUUGUAUUUAGGAGUAGUUCAGAGAAUUUUUCUCUUUAAAAAACGUUUCAGGCUUCGUCAUUUUUUAUGCAGAUGUGGAAUUGAUAUUCUUCAGAUUA